AUGCCCGUCUUAACAACAACAUUGUUGCAAAGUUUUUUCCUACUGUGGGUCAGCUUUGUCCGUUGGGGCACUGCUGUGCCUCUCAGAAGAGCUGACGACUGUCCCGGGUACAAAGCCAGCAAUGUCGUGCGCUCAGACAAUAGCGUCACAGCCGAUCUGACAUUGGCUGGAACGGCAUGCAACAUCUACAGUCCAGACUUGACGGACCUCAAAUUUCUGGCAGAAUGGCAGACCGACUCUCGCCUCCAUGUCAUGAUUUACGAUAAAGACCAGCAGGUAUACCAAGUGCCAGGCUUCGUUGUGCCGCGUCCCUCCGGCUCGACCAACUCGGAUGUCUCAUUGCUCGACGUUUCUGUGGAGGAAGAACCAUUCUCGUUUACUGUAACACGCAAAAGCAAUAGCGAAGUCCUCUUCAGCACGAAGGGUUCUAACAUUGUUUUCGAGACGCAGUACCUGCGGCUCAGAACUUCUCUGCCAGACAACCCGUCACUAUACGGUCUGGGCGAGCACACUGAUUCACUGCGACUGCCAACCUCAAACUAUGUCAGAACCCUGUGGGCACGUGAUGCUGGAGCUGUACCUCUAAACACGAAUCUUUACGGAACUCACCCAGUUUACUUCGAGCAUCGGGCAGAAUCUGGGUUGUCGCAUGGUGUGCUGUUGCUCAACAGUAACGGUAUGGAUGUUAAGAUUAACGACGACGAUGGCCAAUAUCUGGAGUACAAUACGAUCGGUGGAGUCAUUGAUCUAUAUUUCUUAGCCGGACCGAUGCCAUUCGAUGUUGCUCGCGAGUACAGCGAAAUCACCAACAAAGCAGCGAUGAUGCCAUACUGGGGACUAGGUUUCCAUCAAUGCCGAUUCGGAUACAAGAGCAUUGGUGAGGUUGCAGCGGUAGUUGCGAACUACAGCGCAGCUGGCAUCCCUCUCGAGACAAUGUGGACAGAUAUCGAUUACAUGGAUCAUUACAAGGUGUUCACAUUGGGUCAAAACUUUCCACUCGCAGAGGUCCGUGAUCUUGUCAGUGAUCUACACAGCAAGCAUCAACAUUACAUUGUUAUGGUCGAUCCAGCUGUUGCUGCUCAGGACUACGAUGCUUACAACCGAGGCGUAGAAGCGGAUGCUUUCAUCAAAACCAGUGCCAAUGUGCCCUGGAAAGGCAGCGUCUGGCCCGGCACAGCUGUCUUUCCGGAUUGGUUCCACCAGAACACGCAGGGCUACUGGGACAAUGAGUUUACCACCUUCUUCAACAAAGACCUUGGAGUUGAUAUUGACGCACUUUGGAUCGACAUGAACGAGCCUUCCAGUUUCUGUGAUUUUCCAUGCGAUCAGAAGGACGGCGCCUCAACAAAACGCAGCCUUCCACGUCGACAAUCCGGUGGGGACAAGAAGGGGCUUCCAAAUCGAGAUCUCCUUUCCCCUUCCUAUGAGAUCAAGAAUGCAGCAGGCAGUCUUAGUAACAAGACCGCUCAGACCGACCUGAUCCAUCAGGGAGGCUGGACUGAAUACGAUACACAUAAUUUAUACGGAACCAUGAUGAGUAAGGCUAGUCGCAACAGCAUGCUCAAGAGACGACCCGACAAGCGUCCUUUGGUAAUCACUCGCAGUACCUUUGUUGGUGCCGGUAGCUACGUCGGGCAUUGGUUGGGUGACAACGUUUCCGCAUGGGAUCAGUACCUGACUUCUAUCCGUCAUCUACUUCAAUUUGUCGCAUUCUUUCAAGUCCCUAUGGCUGGUGCUGAUGUGUGUGGGUUCUUGAACGACACUACUGAGCACCUCUGUGCGCGGUGGACCGUUUUGGGAGCUUUCUAUCCAUUCUAUAGGAACCACAACGUAGAUGGCGCAAUGUCUCAGGAAGCCUAUCGAUGGGAAUCUGUGACCGCCGCUGCAAAGAAGGCGAUCGACAUUCGUUACAAGCUUCUGGACUACAUCUACACAGCUAUGCACAAGCAGACGGUGGACGGAACCCCAAUGCUUGCACCUCUCUGGAUGCACUAUCCUAAAGAUGCCAACACGUAUGCAAUCGAGACGCAGUUCUUCUAUGGCCCUUCUCUCAUGGUCAAUCCAGUGACGCAAGAAUCUGCAUCAUCCGUCUCAUUCUACGUACCUGCCGGUGUAUGGUAUGAUCUUUUCACACGCAAGGCUGUGCAGGGGGCUGGAAGUACGAUCACAUACUCCGAUGUUCCCGAUACAGACAUCCCUGUCCUGGUUCAUGGUGGAUCUAUCGUGCCUAUGCGCACCGAAAGCGCAAACACGACCAGAGCGCUUCGUGACAAGCCCUUCGAGCUUCUCAUUGCACCCAAGAGCGACGGGAGUGCAAGCGGAUCCCUGUAUCUUGACGACGGCGAGAGCCUCGAGCAGUCUGGGACCAGUGGAAUCACGUUUACGUUCAGUGGGUCAACCCUCACUGCCGAGGGAACAUUUGGGUUUUCAACCGUCCUACGGAUCAAGAGCAUCACUGUGAUGGGUAGUGGUGACGCGCAGUCGUACGAGUUGAACAAAGGCUUCGAUGCUGGCUGGAGUGUAGAUAUCGGAGGGUUGAAGAAGGUAUGA